GCCGGCGCCCCGCCCCGCGCCCUUCCCAGGAGGCCGCGCGCCGCGCCGAGGUCAAGAUGGCGGCGAGGGCGCCCGUUGCAGGAGGUGGUCGCCUGUUAGACAAGAUUUGCAAGUGGUAUUACAAUGCAGCUGGGUUCAACAAAUAUGGGUUAAUGCGAGAUGAUACAUUGCAUGAAGAUGAUGAUGUAAAAGAAGCAUUGAAGAGACUUCCAGAACAUCUGUACAAUCAAAGAGUAUUUCGCAUAAAGCGAGCGCUGGACUUAAGCUUGAAACAUCAGAUCCUUCCCAAAGACCAGUGGGUGAAGUAUGAAGAGGAUCAUCAUUAUCUCGAACCAUACCUAAAGGAAGUAAUCCGUGAAAGACAAGAAAGGGAAGCAUGGAACAAGAAGUAACUGUUGAACUGCUUCAUGCAAAUAUCCAGCUAUUUCUGAUAUUUUAAACAUUUGGUUGUAGAAGUCCAUAGGGAGGUAAUUGUGAGGCUGAGGAAUACUGUUUCAGCUUGUUCAUUGAGUCUGAUCAUCCAACUAAAAUAAACAUGUCAAAGUAUAAAAAUCUUGGAAGAGUUCUUUCUAAAUGUUAACAAGCUAAUGUUCGGAUCUUUCCUGUGAGCGUAUACAUUACACACUAGCUUAGUGGUAUGCAGUCUCAUUCCAGCCUUUAAUUCUUGCUUUUUUUAUCAUGCAGCUGUUUUCUGCAGUAGUAGAAUUAGGUAAGAAAUGCUCAAGGCUGUUGGUGGUAGUUGCUGUCUAAGUUAAAGAGGAUUUGGUAUUUAAAGAUGCGGCUGUAUUCAUUCAUCACUUGUCACUGCAGACAGCAUUAUUGAACCAGUGUUUGAUGUUACAGUGGUAUUGUGAGACAGUAAUAUUCUGUGUACCCAAGCAGAUAUGUAUUGUAAAAGUGAAAAAUAUAGAUGAUUCCUUAAUCAUAAAAUAGGAAAUAUUUCACUAACUUUUUAUACCAUAUACAUUGUUAAGCCUUAAAAACUAUUUUCAUGUAAACCGUAAUGACUGUCUCACUUCAGCUUUUUGAAGAGAAAAAGUAAUAUUUUAAAGAGAAAAAGUAAUAUUCUGAUGUGUUUUAAACAACAUAGCACUUUACAUAGUUAACUUCUCAUGGGAUUUUUUCAUCACCUAAAGCAUGCUCUAGUUUUUAGUGAUUCGUAUCAAGGAAGUACUGGCCCUUACUGGCUGAAAACCUGGAGUUUAGUCUUCCACAGUUCAAUGGUAGUGUGAAGUUGAGGCAGAUACUGGUAUAAGGCAUGAAAUUCGGAUCCUGUUGUAUAAUCUUCUGGAUAAAGUUGAGAAUCUUGCAUGAUGGCCUCAAGACUUGCUUUUUUCCUUUUAUUGUGCAUGCUUGUCUGCCAAAUGCAACACUCAGUUUACCAAAAGAAAAAGGAGCAAACCACAUCUGCAGUUUUGAAUUGGUAUGACCAAAUAAAUAAAAUACUGGGUUAGAAGCUUU